AUGAUACCGUCACCAACCACAACGAAUACUAUUCCAGGAUCACGGAUGCAACUUCCCAGUGAAAUCAUCAAAAAGGCCUUUGACAUAUACUUUGAGAGCAUACAUCGCCAGCCGUUGUGGCUCUUUGAAUCUGAUUCCUGUCUAUCCCCAGAUACGAGUGAAGAGCUUGUAUGUGUUAUCCUGGCCCUCGCCAUUACGUAUAGCCCUGUCGAACUCUCAGGGACCGAUUUACAAAGUCCUGAGUUCUAUAGCCAAACUGCUAGGAGAUUGAUUAUGCUUAAAGUUGCAGACGAUGAGAUGAGCUUAUCAACGCAUCAAGCGUUAUGCUUGCUGGCCUUCUUUAAUCUGAUAUGUAAGAGCCCUGACCUAGGAUUAUGUUCGUGCUUCAUGAUUGACGCAGAUAUACCAGCUGGGGAUCUUUCUCAAGCCGGGCUCAAUAUAGCAUUUGUCAAAAAUACUGCCCAGUACUCAGGACUGAAACAGGAAUAUCCAAGUGGUCAUCCGACAACUCAGGAGCAAUCGAGGAUAUUUUGGAGCAUAACUCUACUUGACUCGUUUUACGGGCCUCCAAUUUUGAUUCCCGAGCUUAAGGACUUUCAUAAUCCUCGAUUUUCCACAGUCCAGUCGAGACAAAUUUCAAUGCCUUGUCCGCCACUACCUUCUGAGUCCCAAGUCAGGAGGCGGCAGACCCUCCCUGAUAUUUGGUCACAUAUGUUGAGGAUAUGCAACCUGUGGGGAGAGGUUCGGCUGUAUGUGUCACGAUGCAUCGACGGUUUGACAGACGCACCAUGGCAGCCCAACUCAGGCUACAACACAAUAUGCUCACGCCUGUUAGACCUUGAGGUCGAAUAUCCUUCGUCUCUAAGCUACAACAAUGUCAAAUUCCAAGAUAGUCCCAUUCAAGAACUUCAUGAAGACCGGCUCAAAUGGCUGCCGUGGCUAAGGGUCCAAAUGGCUUAUCACGCUAUACACUGCGUGCUUAACCACCCUUUCCUCUACUCCUUCAAGGGAACAAAGCAGAGAAUGGGCAAUACGACGUUCUGGAGAGCUUCUUGUGAAAAAGCUCUACAGCACAGCACCUGGAUCUGUCGUUUGAUAAGGGAGGCAUCAGAAAAGAGGUUUGAACUGGCUGACCCCUUCUUCGCUCAAGUAGCUGCCAUUGCCGGCACCUUGCAUCUCUAUUGGACAGCAACAAGUAAUCCCGGAUUGCAAGCAUCAGCGGAAGAAAAUCUGAGAGUUUGCAGGAAUCUCAUUGCUGUGAUGGCUACUCGCUGGCCUGUUUGCAAGUCCAUCGAACGAGAUUUAAACCAGUUGAUUAGUUUAGUGGGAGCAUUUGACCCCAAAUCAGAAGCAGAGCUAAUCCAGAGAGGGGUUCAAACCUCCUUGAUGUGGAUUCUCUUGGACGUAGCUGCACCCCAAUUCCCAACUUACGCUGACGAUGCGAUGCAAAAUAAAGGUCUUUGGCGAACUGGAAACAACAGCCGCGAGUACACUUCUUUGGAGAGUCCUGAUAUUUACACUCAUUCGACCGAGAUGGAAGGAUCUACCAACCAAUAUAUUUCUCCGGCAGAUUGGGUGUCGUCUAGGUUUAUAGAAGAUCUCUCACCAAGUGGCACGCAGAGGGGUGGGCCAAAUAUGCAGCAACCGGAUUCUUCUUCAUUUAACUUCAUGACAUCCGCUCGACAGGAAGGCAUGAACAACCCAGAUUUGACGUGGGGACCAUGGCAGCAUAUGAUGCGCAUAGGGGAUAACUCUAUUGCGGGCUCAGAUUGGUGGAGCUCAAGCAAUCUGUAA